UUAUUUUUUCCAGGUUGCUACACAGCCAGCACUUCAAUAUCACUCGAGUCCUUGAGUCGUGCGUGCCGCCUUACUGGGAAGCUACAGCCGCAGAGGUGACCGGUGCCGACCCAAAGCACCUUCUUCGCAUCCUCUCCUUCUCUUUCUCGAUACCCUAAACACCACCCAGUCUUUCAAUUCGUUUUCUUCUUUUUCUCGCUUUCAACGUUUCCCAUAUAUCUCAACUCAUUAUUUUUGUUCUCGCUGCAUCUAAACCCUAACUUAAACAGCUAAACCCUUUCUUACACUCAGAAAAGAAGAAGAAGACAGAUAUGGUGAGGCUCACCGCUGAUUUGAUCUGGAAAAGCCCUCAUUUCUUCAAUGCCGUCAAAGAACGCGAGUUAGACCUUCGAGGCAACAAGAUCCCUGUAAUCGAAAACUUGGGCGCUACUGAGGAUCAAUUUGACACCAUUGAUUUAUCUGACAAUGAGAUUGUGAAGCUAGAAAAUUUACCCUAUCUUAACCGGUUGGGAACUAUGCUCAUAAAUAAUAAUAGAAUUACCAGAAUUAACCCUAACAUUGGAGAAUUCUUGCCAAAGUUGCAUACGCUAGUUCUCACGAACAACAGGAUUGUCAACCUAGUCGAAAUCGAUCCCCUUGCGUCCCUACCGAGGCUCCAGUACCUUAGCUUGCUAGACAACAACAUUACGAAGAAGCAGAAUUACAGGCUUUAUGUUAUUCACAAGCUGAAGUCCCUAAGGGUUUUAGAUUUCAAGAAAGUGAAAAACAAGGAAAGAUUGGAGGCGAAGCGCUUGUUUGAUUCAAAGGAAGCUAUAGAUGAAGUUCAAAAGGCACCGCCAAAAAGAAUUUCACCUCCUGAAACUCCAAAUGUUCCAGAAGUUGCUGAAGAACAACAGACGCCCAAAGUGGUUGCUCCCACACCAGAGCAAAUCAUUGCUAUUAAGGCUGCCAUUGUGAAUUCACAGACCCUUGAAGAAGUUGCAAGACUUGAAAAGGCACUGAAGUCUGGUCAGCUUCCAGCUGAUUUUGAAGGUUUGAAUGACAAUAUGAUGUUGGAUAAUGCUCAUGAAAAGCAUGAGGAGACGAUUCAAGAAAGCAAAGAUCAAGCUGACGGUGAAUCUGAUGAUACGAAAGAGCAGAAGGAUACUGAUACUUCUCCGAUGGAACAGUUUUAAUCACGAAAGGAAUAAAUGAGUGGAGGCUUAGAAGUAUGCAUUCAAUGGUUUGCAAAAGGUUAUGGAUAUAAAAUAUCUCAACUCUAAGAAGAAUGAGUGCAUGUAGUUCUUAUUACUGUUGCAGUUGCCUAAUUGUUUUAUAUCCAUAAAUAGUGUAUCUUCUUUUGUUCUCAUAAUCUCAUCUUGUACUAGAUCUGUUCAUGUUUCUAACCAUCAUAUUAGGCAUUGAAAAUAGAGAGCAUGCAAUGAUAUACGGUGCAUCCAUUCCACUAUGAAUAAUUUGAAGUUUGAGUAAUGCUAAGGAACCAACUUUUCUCGACCAAUAUCCGCCAAUUUUUUUUACUAAAUUAUCUGUCUGAAAUUCUAGACCUUAAAUUAUAAACUCUUAACCCUAUAUCUUAAAUUAU